CGCGCAAAAACAUCGAGCAGCUCAAAGACUUGGGAGUCGACUGUGGCUUCAUUUUGUGUUCUAACAGCACAUUUAGUGACUCUUACAUCACAUAUUCGUCUUUUCUGAAACCCACAGAACGUAAGUUUGGGUUUGGAGCGAUGGAGUGUUACCUGAAGUGAAGAUUGAAGACGUGCUAGAAGAUGGACGACUACUGCUAUGCUAAAAUGGCGACGUCAUGUCAAAGAGAAAGUGAAAGAGAAUCAGCGCCACCAACUUACAGCAAAUCCCCAACGGAGGAAACUUCAGAUAAUGGGGAGUGAGUUGAAAUUCCCUACUUUGAAAGCUACCAUACGCCCUGAAAAUCACGUUGAUGAGCAAUUAGCCGACUCUGUUGAAGAAUGUCAACAAGGACUGGACCACAUGUCUGCCUCAAAGUGCAGAGGAUUGGAGAUGUCCAGCAGCUGUUGGGUCAUCCAGAAGAAAUUCCCCUUCAACUGCUGGGUGAUGGCUCCAUUUCAAAGCAAGAGGAUCCCCACCCCACACAUAUUAAAAAGGAGGAGGAGGAGGAUUCACAACCCCCCUACAUUAAAGAGGAAGAGGAGGAGAGAGGGUGUCUUCUAAGACCACAGGAAGCGGAUCUCAACAAGUUUCCACUGACUGUUGUCUUAGUGAAGACUGAAGAUGAUGAAGAGAAACCACAACCAGGCAACUUCUUAGCUCCACUAUCAGAUAGUGAGUCUGAAGACGGCGUUGAAGUAACAUUAAGCAGCGAUACAGACUGUGAAGGUGACACGAGGACUCCCAAAGACAAGAAACAAUCGAAAUGCUCUAAAAAGAUAAGAGUCCAAAAAAGUUUCAGCUGCUCAGUUUGUCCUAAAAUCUUUUCUAACAAGGGCAAUUUUACUCAACACAUGAAAACACACACUGGAGAAAAAACAUUUGAUUGUUCAGUUUGUGGUAAAACAUUUUGCCAUCAGAAAGUUUUGACUGAACACAUAAGAAUACACACGGGAGAAAAACCCUUUAAAUGUCCGGUUUGCGAUAAACCCUUUUCCCGAAAAAGAGUUUUGAGCCAACACAUGAGAACGCACACAGGGGAGAAACCGUUUAAUUGCUCAGUUUGCGACAAAAACUUUGCUCAAAAAAGAGCUCUGAUCCAACACAUGAGAACCCACACCGGAGAGAAACCGUUUAAGUGUUCAGUUUGCGAUAAAAGCUUUUCACAGAAAAGCACUUUGAGCAAACACAGCAGAACACACUCAGGAUAUAUGAACACAUAAUUAGAGGCAGGCAGAGUUACAACAACUGUCUUUUUUUCGCUCCCGUCUUAAUGCCAGACUACUGUUUUUGCAGAUGCAAAUAAAAGUCUGACUUCUUCUCAGU